CAAACACAGCCGCCGAGUCGCAACUCUGGAGCUUUCACCAAACGCAAACUCAACAACCAGGGCUAUAAUGGCCUCUUUAGGAGAACCUGUACGUCUGGAAAGAGACAUAUCUCGUGCCAUUGAGCUGCUGGACAAGCUCCAGAGAACAGGGGAAGUGCCACCCCAGAAGCUGCAAGCCCUUCAGAGGGUUUUGCAGAGCGAGUUCUGCAAGGCCGUAAGGGAGGUAUACGAGCAUGUGUACGAGACGGUGGACAUAAACAGCAGCCCUGAGGUGAGGGCGAACGCAACAGCAAAGGCUACAGUGGCUGCGUUUGCAGCUAGUGAGGGCCAUUCUCACCCACGUGUGGUGGAGCUCCCAAAAACAGAGGAGGGACUGGGGUUCAACAUAAUGGGUGGGAAGGAACAAAACUCUCCCAUCUACAUCUCCCGCAUCAUUCCUGGAGGCAUCGCUGAUCGACACGGUGGCCUGAAGAGAGGAGACCAGCUGCUAUCUGUGAAUGGAGUGAGUGUAGAAGGAGAGCACCACGAGAAAGCUGUGGAGCUGUUGAAGGCUGCUCAGGGCACAGUGAAACUGGUGGUACGGUACACCCCUAAAGUCCUGGAAGAGAUGGAGUCGCGCUUUGAGAAGUUGAGGUCUGCCAAACGCCGGCAACAGAACAACUUCCCCAAGUAGGGGUCUCAUCUGUGCCCCCCCCCCCCAAACUCUCUCUUUCUGUCUUUUUCUAUUUGUCUGUAUAUCUUCUGCCAUCUGUCUUCUUUGUCCACGCUCUCUCACCCCCUUUCUCCAGCCAGGGAUUAGCCACAUGUUUGGCUCUCCUUUUUGUGAAAUUUUCUAAAUCCUCACCUCCUCAACGGUUUUUUAACAGUGUUUUCACACGCCUCUUUCUCAUAGCAUGAACACUACGAAACGGGCUCUGGAUGUUUUCACGUAGACAUCACAUACGUGCACUGUAAUGGUGCGUUACUAAGAAUGUACUGUCAUUUGGGAUGUUGAUUUGUUAGAUAUGCAAGGGGACCAUUGCAAUGUUCAACUCCUGAGGUGAUCUGAAUGAAAAUGUCUAAAAAAGUGCCUCAAGAGCUUUUAAAAAAAAAUAAUUGCAGCUGCAGCCUUCAGUGUGUCCCAUCGUAGGCUGUGUUUUAUGGUCCAUGCACAAAACGAGUAAACACUAGCUCAACCGAAAUGUAAUUGAGUGCAAACGUUUAACAGAAAUUCGAAAGAAUGGUGUAUAAUUAAGAAAAGGGGUUAUGAUAUACUCAUUUCCAGUCAACUUUUCUCACUCUUUCACUAAGAUAGAAGGAAAAGUUAACUAGAAAUACAUAACGUACGUGUUUGGAGAGAUAGAUAAAUGGCAAAUCGGUGAUAUGAGCAUCUUUUCAGAACUGCUGUUUGCUUCAAACACAAGGAAAUGCUGAAACAAACAGUGUAGCUGUUAAAAACUGACACUGUUUCUUUUUUUUUUUUUUUUUUUACAUUUAAUGAAUUUACAGAUGAAAAACACUGUGAUCUACAGUAAUUGGUGUAUCAGCUCUGUGGAGUAAACAAAUCAGCUUUUGUCAACAAGAAUAGAGAAGAAUGAGGCAGUCGGAUUUAAGUGAAAUGAUUGUUGAAUUCAGAUUACUUUAACACUGCGUCUCUUUGUACUAAUUUUCAUGUUUCAAAAAUGUAACACAAUGUAUUUUUAACAUCAAAUGCAGGUAUUUUCAGUGUCUGACAAGCUUGGGGGAAAAAAAAACCUGUCUAUUUUUCUCAGUCUCUCAUAAAAUAUUUAACGUGUCUAAUUAUAGAGGCCCAUGACUCACCCCGAGCUGCGAGAUGCGUAGGUGUUUCGGGGGUGAGAGAUAAAAGGGAGGUCUGAUGUCUUGCAUGAAGGAAUCAUUUGUGUUAUUGACAAAAAAAAAGCAGCAUCAAGAAUCAAACGAUCCCUUUUCUUUCUGUGGUGCUCAGGUUGCUUCUUUCUACAAUAACGUGAAUUUUAAAAGCAUUAUGUAUCACAAGAGCAAUAAUAAGACAUGAUCAGUUUCUCGCCAUCAUCAUCAGGAUACUCAUUUCCCAUUGAUACUCAGAUUUAUCCACAGGGGGGGCUGAUUAACUAUUUUUAUAACCGUUUUCUUUUGAUAUUUUACCCCUUUUUGAUAAAAAAAAUCUAUUCUUUUUUUUAAUUGUUACUAUUGGCCAGGAAUGCUUCAUUUGAUUUCUUAACCACCUUUUUGUUUUCCUGUGAUUCAAGUAAAAAGACCAAACUUGCAUCCUUUCUGGGAGCUCUUUCAGUGUAGUUUUGACUGUUUUUAACAACCUGUUGUUUUAUUGUAUUAUUUCUGUCCUGUUGUAUUGUUACAUUUUAACAUGGAUGUAUAAAGGCUGAUCAAAGUGAUUUUGUUUGAGCAUACAGAGUUUAAAUAUACUGUGGGUUUAAAUCA